GUUGAGGACAACUGCAAACCCCCCACUUUGCUUUCCGCUGCGUUUCUCUAAUGGAGAGCGAGUGCCCAAUCGACGCAGAGCUCCACAACGAAAUCUCAGCCCUUCUCAAACCUCAUCCACCUUCCCAAGUAGAAGACUACUUGAACCACCUCAUCAAAACCAGACAGUGCCACGGCAUCACUGUCAAACACAACGGCGACCUCGGCAAGGGUGUCUACGCUGUCUCGGACUUCGAAGGAGACCAGCUUGUCCUCAAGGACCAAAUCCUCGUCGGUCAUCAGCAUUCCUCCAACAAGAUCGAGUGUUUGGUCUGCAGCUUCUGUUUCCGGUUUGUUGGGUCUGUUGAGCAGCAAAUUGGGAGGAGGCUUUAUCUUGAGGAACAUGGAGUUUCAGUCAAUUGUUGUCAAGCUGAUGAUGAGGAAGAAGAAGAAUUGGGGCAAUGUGGUUCGAGCAGUUCAGAUUACAAGGAGAAGGUUCCACUUCCUAAAGGACUUGCAGAGGCUUUAAUGAAUGGUGAAGUUAAGUUGCCGUAUUCGGAUAAGUUUUCGAUGCCUCAGGCUGUUCCAUGUCCUGGGGGCUGUGGUGAAGCUUUUUACUGCAGUAAACUAUGUGCAGAGUCGGAUUGGAAUUCUUCGCAUUCCUUACUUUGCACUGGGGAGAGGUCAGAGUCUAGGAGCAGGGAGGCGCUUGUGAAGUUUAUACAGCAUGCAAAUGAAACCAACGAUAUAUUCAUCCUUGCCGCGAAGGCAGUGGCUUCCACCAUUUUAAACUAUAGGAAGUUGAAAUUAACUCUCUCAGAAGGAGAUUAUGAGCCUAAUCUUUCAGGGAGUCCAUAUCUAUCUUUACUCUUAGAAGCAUGGAAGCCAAUAUCAAUGGGACACAAGAGAAGGUGGUGGGAUUGUGUUGCGUUGCCAAUUGACGUUGAAUCUUCUGAUGAAGCUGCAUUUAGGAUACAAAUAAGAGAGCUAGCAUUCACGUCGCUACAGCUCCUAAAAGCAGCCAUCUUUGAUGAGGAAUGUAAACCAAUGUUCUCUCUUGAAAUUUAUGGACAUAUAAUUGGCAUGUUUGAGUUGAAUAAUCUAGAUUUGGUUGUAGCAUCUCCCGUGGAAGAUUAUUUUUUGUACAUUGAUGAUCUUCCAGAUCCCAAAAAAAACGAAGCUGAGGAGAUUACAUGGCCAUUUUUGGAUGCUCUUGGUGAUGAUUAUUCAGUUUGUUGCCAGGGCACUGCAUUUUAUCCUCUACAGAGUUGUAUUAACCAUUCUUGUACACCUAAUGCCAAAGCAUUCAAAAGAGAGGAGGACAGAGAUGGUCAAGCAACAAUAAUUGCAGCAAAAGAAAUUUACAAGGGAGAGGAGGUUACUAUUUCUUAUGUGGAUGAGGACAUUCCGUUCAAGGAAAGACGGGCAUUACUUGCAGAUUACGGUUUUCGAUGCAGAUGUCCAAGAUGCGUGGAAGAAGAUCCAUAACCAUUACCAAAGAGGGAGGCCAUUUUUUUUGUGCCGAG